AUGGACAUCCACGACAACAAAAGGCACGCCACCAUGGACGUCUUAUCGCUGAUCUCCUCCCCGACUUAUGCACCAACUACACUUCGCCACCUUCCUCAACCUGUUCCUAACCAUCUGCCCACGGGAGUAGAUGGCUCUAUUUUCACAUUUGAAGACGCCUUUGAGGAUCUCCUUGCUGUCUCGCAAGGCCAGAGUCUCCCUGACAUCACAACUCGCUAUCAGCAAAGGCGACUGCUCCGGGAUAUGUUCCCCUCCGGAGAACCCACCUGGUUUUGGCUGCGACGCCUUGAAUCCCAGGGCCUAGUCCAGGUUCCCAGUCGUGCUCAGUUCUUCAAAGCACACCAGCCAGACUGGACUAGCUUUCACGAAGAGCUGGACCGGCAAGCGGCUGAUGCUUGGCGAAGCGUCAGCAAAGGCUAUGGCCAUGAUGCCCCUGGUUCUGGAAACUUCUUUGAAGACAUAGGCAGAGCAUUCAAACAACUGGAACGGGGGUUUGGGGGGGAUAGCGCAAAGAACUCCUAUACCGGCCGCGAGGAAAAGAUGGAACUGGAUAAAGGGCCCGAUACCUUUGAGGAGCUCUUCUCUGAGAUAUCCUCAAAAUUCAAGGAGAGCGCCUCAUCGUGGGAUACAUUCGUCAAGAGUAUCUCAGAAGAAGCCAAGCUUCAGUCUCGAGAAGGGAAGCAUGGGGCAUACAUUGAUAGUCACGAUACGAAUAAGGUUGUGACAAACGAAAAUGAGCAUGUGGAUCGGUUUGGCUACUUGCACAAAACCGUCACCCGCAAAACGUUGGAUGCAGAUGGGAACGAGGUUGGCAGUGAAACCUAUGUUACCAUUCGCCCAGCCGAUAAGCACCUGGAUAACGAAAACAACAUUGAAGCCGGAAGCAACGAACCCCUCGAAAUUGGGGCCGACUCUAAGAAAUCAAGCUGGUUUUGGAAAUAA